CAACUGCACUCUCUCUCCCUCCCACCACCUUCUCGCAUACGCAGUCACAAGCACAUGGGCCUCAAUUCGAACCGAGUCGAUCACUAUUCGGGUUCGGGUCAUGCAAAUCAAGGGCUCACAUCAACUGCUCCGGCGACGAUAACAGUUCCCGGAGAAACAAUGAUGUCGCUGGAAUUGCACAAUGUUUGUUUGCCGCCACAAAAAACCACCUUACAGAAACUCAGGCAUCGGUUAUCGGAGGUCUUCUUCCCCGAUGAUCCACUCCAUGGAUUCAAAAACCAAUCGCGUUUUCGAAAACUGAUUCUCGCUCUUCAAUACUUCUUUCCGAUCUUCGAAUGGGCGCCGAAUUACAAUCUUACACUCCUCCGUUCCGACGUAGUUUCCGGUCUUACCAUUGCUAGCCUCGCGAUUCCUCAGGGGAUUAGCUAUGCGAAGCUUGCGAACUUGCCUCCAAUAAUCGGGCUAUACUCGAGCUUUGUGCCACCAUUGAUCUACUCUGUGCUUGGGAGUUCAAAGCAUCUAGCAGUGGGGCCAGUGUCAAUAGCGUCACUUGUCAUGGGAACAAUGUUAAACGAAGCAGUUCCAUACAACAAAGAUCCAGUUCUCUACCUUAAGUUGGCUUUCACUGCUACUUUCUUUGCUGGCGUCUUUCAAGCAACUUUAGGUCUUCUCAGGUUAGGGUUUGUUAUCGAUUUCUUAUCGAAAGCGACCCUUGUUGGUUUCAUGGCUGGGGCAGCUGUUAUUGUAUCUUUACAACAACUAAAAGGGCUGCUUGGGAUUGUUCAUUUCACUACCAAAAUGCAAAUAAUUCCCGUUUUAACCUCUGUCAUUCAACACAGAAAUGAAUGGUCUUGGCAAACCAUUGUGAUGGGGUUUUGCUUCUUGGGGUUUUUACUUGCCACGAGACAUAUUGGAUUACGAAAACCGAAGCUGUUCUGGAUAUCAGCCGCAGCACCAUUGGCGUCGGUGAUUCUGUCGACUCUUUUGGUCACUCUAUUCAGAUCAAAACUACAUGGGAUUGCAACUAUCGGUCACUUGGAAAAGGGAUUAAAUCCGCCAUCAUCAAACAUGCUGUAUUUUCACGGCGAGUUUCUCGGUGUCGCCAUCAAGACAGGGAUCAUCACCGGAAUACUAUCUCUAACAGAAGGAAUUGCGGUGGGAAGAACAUUUGCCUCUUUGAAUGACUACCAGGUGGAUGGAAAUAAGGAGAUGCUCGCCAUUGGGGUGAUGAACAUGGCUGGUUCUUGCACAUCUUGCUAUGUCACCACGGGCUCGUUUUCCCGAUCUGCUGUGAACGCGAACGCGGGGGCUAAAUCUGUAGUCUCCAACAUCAUCAUGGCAUCAACCGUUCUGAUUACUCUCUUGUUCUUGAUGCCUCUCUUUCACUACACACCGAAUUUAAUACUCGCUGCAAUCAUUAUAACCGCUGUGAUUGGGCUCAUGGACUACCAAAGCACAAUCCGACUAUGGAAAGUGGACAAACUAGAUUUCGUGGCUUGUUUGUGUUCCUUCUUUGGUGUGCUCUUCAUUUCGGUUCCAAUUGGUCUUGCAAUUGCGGUUGGGGUUUCGGUGUUUAAGAUUUUGUUGCAUGUGACAAGACCGAAUACGGGUGUUUUGGGGAAUAUACCGGGGACUCAGAUAUACCAGAAUGUGAAUAGGUAUAGAGAAGCAAGAAGGGUGCCUUGGUUUGUGAUACUUGGUGUUGAUUCGCCUAUCUACUUUGCUAACUCGACUUAUCUACAAGAACGAAUUUUGAGGUGGAUAAGAGAAGAAGAUGAGUUGUUAGCAGCAAACAAUGGUCCAUCGUUGAAAUGUGUUAUUAUCGAUAUGACUGCUGUGACAGCGAUUGAUACGAGUGGUUUGGGAAUGGUGAAGGAGUUGAAGAAGAUGCUAGAGAAGCGAUCGCUUCAGUUGGUUUUGGCAAAUCCUGGAGGGAGUGUGAUGGAGAAGCUACACCAAUCAGAGAUAUUGGAGUCGUUUGGGUUGGAAGGGGUGUACCUGAGUGUUGAUGAAGCUGUGGCAGAUAUAUCAUCAGCAUGGAAAGCUUAAGCUUAAGAAGUUGGCAUGGGGUUUCUUGUAUUUUAGUUUGCAGGGUAGGAGUCAGGAGAAGAGACAGGG